AAGUUUCUAUCUGACCGUCAUAGCAUCAGUAUUUUAACAGAUCUUCUCUUCGUCAUUGUUUCCCCUCUACACUGGGCUCUCUGUGUGUUUUUUUUUUAGAUAACUGUGUCGAUGACAGUUAAUUUUCUGAAAAUCUGAUUUUCUGGAACAAAAACUUGGCCUCAUUACUACUGUCUCUCUCUGACACUGACAGUGCGCACGUUUCUCAUUUAGAAACUUUUUUGCGGCGCAAAGUUAAGGUUCUUCUCGUGAUUCUUUUUUUUUUUUUUUUGGUAUUUCAGUAUUUUUUUUCAAGGAUGGUCGUUUUAACCUGGAAUAGAUGCUGUAUUGUGAUGUUUCUCGUCGCUACACUGAAGACGGGGACAUCUCAAAUAUCAGAGGCGCGCCCAAAGGCGAACUCCAUCAAGCCAGCUCUGUUGGAAGAGUCACCUACACCGGCAACAAACCGCUCCGCCACUGUCCACAGCGGGAUCACCAAGAAAUAUAACAUCCUUGCGCAGGCGUAUCCAUGCAGCAGUGAUAAGGAGUGCAGUGUGGGAAGCUAUUGCCACAGCCCUCAACAGGCUCCCUCUCGCUGCCUCACCUGCCGCAGGAGGAAGAAGCGCUGCCAUCGAGAUGCCAUGUGCUGUCCUGGGAACCGCUGCAGUAACUAUAUUUGCGUCCCUAUCUCUGAGAGUGUGCUCUCACCUCACAUCUCAGCUUUAGAUGAGCAUAACAAACUCUCCACCAAAGACCACAACUGGAGGAAGAGUGGGAAGGCACACGCUAAGAUUUCACUUAAAGGGCAUGAGGGCGACCCUUGCCUGCGUUCAUCCGAUUGCUCGGAGGGCUACUGCUGCGCCCGCCAUUUCUGGACCAAAAUCUGCAAGCCAGUGCUGAGGCAGGGAGAGGUGUGCACUAAGCAGAGGAAGAAAGGCUCUCACGGCUUGGAAAUCUUCCAGCGCUGUGACUGUGCCAAGGGCCUUUCCUGCAAGGUGUGGAAAGACGCCACCUCCUCAUCCAAGUCCAGACUCCACAUGUGCCAGAAGAUCUGAAGUGGAGGCAGCUGCUGUCGACGUAGAGGCCUCUGUCUCCAUCUGCGAGGGAAAGUUUGUGGCUAUAUUGAAAGGAGCAAAAGACAGAGACUAAUAAGAGACAGAACAGUGUGCGUGGGUUCAAGCUCACUAUUCGGCAAGUGGAGAGCGAAUGGGAUUGCUUUAAUGUGUUUGCUGUGAGUGGUCCAUCUCUGCGCUCACAUACGAACACGCACCCUCACACACGCAAGCACACAUACACCUCAUGGGUUUGCGAGAUCACUGAGCUCAUGGUGUGCUUGCUCACAAAUACGACAAACUUUUUACACAUUCUCAUGACCUUCAGGGAGCCACAAGGUUAGUCAGUAGAUGCUGUGAUUGGUGCGGACCUUUUCUGGAUGGAGGCAACAGACAUAGCAGUCUUUCAUCAAGCUUCAACCUAUAAUAAUAAUAAGACAAAUAGACUAUUUACAGACAAGCCAUAUUUUCACUACACAAUACAUUCCUUACCAAACUCCAAAGUGGAAGAUCAGAUGUGUAAUAUUCUGUGUUUCAUUACUGGAUCUUGAUCUUUUGUCAAAUUUAAAUAUGUCACUCUUCAAGUUGUUUGUUUUAAGUCUUGAAGAAUUCAGCUAUUACCCAAUAGAUACCAGUCAUAUCAUAUCAGGAACUUACUGCAUACACUGUUUACUCCAGGGCUUGACUUGUGUUGUCUAACAGCAUCCUGUGACUUCAAUGUGAUGCAUAAUACUAUUACACCAAAGAAUGAAAGAUCAUUUACAUCUGAGUGAUGAGUUUCAUCUGGGACAUUAGCUUCUUGCCCGCUUUUUAGCCACAAGAAGAGAGAUAAAGUAUUGUGUCCGUUGUGUAAACCUCGUUUGAUCUGUCAGAUCCAGCUGCAGUCUAUUGUGAUACAACUGUGUGGGUUAAAACAGUAUGCACUGAGGUAGUGCUCUGCCGCAGACUUAGUGGUUCUGAUACCAGACCGAGAAUGGUUCUGCUUUUCCAAUCUCAUGAGCAGGAUUCAAGGAUACGAUGGAAGUGCAAUUUUUUCCAUUUACAAAGCCAGUAGGAAUGGAGACAUGAGAAGAUUGAUUAGAGUUACAAAUAUGCUCCAUAAACUUGAUGUUUUCAGAGAGAAUUGCAGUUGGAAUGAACACUUUGUUGAUGGCACAAAGCCCUGUUUAUUUUUGUAUUUUUCAAAUAUGACUGCAUCCCUUCUUCCUGUGCAGAUUUGCUUUACUGGAGGUGAAGCAAGCCCCGCCAUCCCCCAGUACAACUUCUUUAAACAACCACUUGUUACCUACAUAGUCAGUAUAACAUCACAUUUUCCUCUUUUUGCUUUAAUGUUUUUAGAGCAUCAACUACUCAUAUUUUGUAACCAUUUAAAAUAUCAAUAAGCUCUUAUAUUGUAAAUAGACUGGAAAGAUUGAAAAUGUAUUUAAGAAUCAAUGUAUAUCAUGUACAUAUAAUAAAAAUAUGAAUCUUAAACGUUGCAGCAAAUGAUCUAGGUGAGAAGCGUAAUGAGUGAUGAAAUAGGAUGAGCACAGUUGGAUAGACUGAAAGUAAUGUAGUUGAAAUUAUAAAAGCUGUGUGUGUAGGCAAAGGGGAAGGCAUAGAUAGUUUUGACUGAUAUUACAGACUGGAUGUAUCAAAAGGGUGAUUCCUAAAAGAGAGACAAGCACAUUAAUUUCCAAAAUACUUUGUGUAAAUGGUGUCAAGAUGUAUAUCCCACUAAAUAGUGUUUGUGUUAAUACUUCACAUUGAUUUGUUUUGUGUAUUUACAAUGAUUAAUAAUUAAAAGAAUGUAUUUUGUAUCAUUGGU